AUUCGUCCAAACAAACCAGCAGCAGUUGAAUCAACAGCGUAUGCACCAGAAGGCAGUCAUGUGGAGAAAAAACUUUUCUGAAGUAUUUCUUGAACCUUUUACGUUAAUAUUUUAAGUGACAAAAACAACUCAAGUAACGCUAGAAUUGGAAAUUGUGCUUCAUAGAUGACAAAACAAUUGUCACUGUAAGAUGAAUUUCUCUGAGGUCUUCAAGCAGUCCAAUCAGCUUUGUAAAGUUUCCCCAGAUGGAAAGUAUUUGGCUACAUGUGUGCAGUACAGGUUAGUGGUGCGAGAUGUGAGCACCUUGCAGAUUAUGCACCUGUAUACCUGCCUCGACCAAAUAUCCCAUAUGGAGUGGUCCUCUGAUUCUCUCUUUAUUCUGUGUGCUAUGUACAAGAGAGGACUAGUACAGGUGUGGUCUCUUGAACAGCCGGACUGGCACUGCAAGAUUGAUGAGGGUUCAAUAGGACUAGUCUCCUCACGCUGGAGUCCAGAUGGACGUCACAUUCUCAACACCACCGAGUUCCAU